AUGAACCCCUACACUCCAAAUCGUAACAGUCUAAGCAGAAGGAAGAAUUUGGCACUCUCGACGAAAGAGUACACAAAAGUAACAGGGACCAUCGCAUCUGUCAGGCGAAAUCGACAAGGCUUUGAGGAGGAGGAUGAAGAUGUGUAUGAUGGACGCAUGCAACAUGACAGACGACCCAUAGAACCAUCCUUCAUCGCUGAAGAGUCCUUCGUUCGCGCACCUCUCAAUUCACGCGUACGAGUUGCUUCAGGCGCUUCAGCGCCCAAAUCGAAAGGUAAAGCGAAAGAAGAACAACUCGAGACCAUGCCUUUGGAGAUCCAAGAGGCAGUCAUAUUGGAAGACUUGCUCUAUGUGCUGAUGGGUAUUGAAGGCACCCAUGUCACGUAUCAUGAAGAGUAUUCACCGGAGGACGACGAUCCACUCCAAGGGAUCAAAUUCACGGUUUCAAGGAAGUUAGACCAGUCACUACGAGAUCUAGUGGAACGGAUACUUCCCCUCGCCACAUAUUACACCGCCGUUUCAUCUUUCAUCGAGCUUCGAAGUCAUUUGGACUUCGGUUUGGUAAAUCAUGCAUUAUGUGCAGCAAUUCGGGAUAUGUUGAAGGACUACCAAACCCUCCUCUCUCAACUCGAGCAUGCCUAUAGUACCUCCCCACAAUUUACGCUCCAGAAACUCUGGUUCUACGUCCACCCAACCGUCCACACACUUCACCUCAUCUACCAACUCACCACCGAACUCGCCAACGCAGACGACAGCGCAUCCUCUUCUCAUUCCUCAGACGACGAAGAAGAUGAAGAAGAUGCGGAACGAAAUGAAGCCCUCGGACUGGGUGGCGCUGGCCUCAAAGCCGUAUUAUCGCAGAUCGAUGGCGGUGGGAUCGAAGCGAGCUCAAUUGCGGUGAAGGGAGGAGAGGUGCUGGCGAUAUUGCAUGAUAGGGUGCAGAAUAUGGCGGGAGAUCCGGCGGCGAAGACGGUUUACGGAGCGUUGUUGGAGGCGGCGGGGAAACCCUAUGUGGCUAUGUUGCAGAUGUGGACGAGAACUGGACGGUUAGUAGAUCCGUACGAGGAGCUGUGUGUGAAGGAGAGCAAGUUCAUCGAUAGGGGUACGCUGGACAAGGACUAUACGGAUGAAUACUGGGACCGGCGGUAUACGUUGAGAGACGGGUCGACCUUAUCAGCCCCCAACACGCGACUGCAGGCUGGUGUUCCCCCGCCCAGGACUAUGAGCGGAAGACUACCCGGUGGGGCGUGCGUACCGCCACUGCUCGAGAGUUGGAAACACAAGGUGUUGCUCGCGGGGAAGUAUUUGAAUGUGAUUCGGGAGUGCGGUAUCGACGUCCGACGAGACAAGAGUAUCAUUGAAGAGAGCUACUCUAUGGACGACGAAAAGCGAUUACUCAGGUUCUAUAAAUCCAUCGAGGACGAUUACACAUACGCAAACCGCACUCUUCUACAACUCCUCAUCAAGGAUCAAGACCUGAUACCGCGACUACGGUGCCUGAAGCGGUACUUCUUCCUUUCGCAUGCCUCUUUCCUCACCAACUUCCUCGACACUGCAUAUCCGGAGCUGCGCAGACCAGUGAAGUCGGUUUCGGUCUCGAAACUGCAGAGUUUACUAGACAUUGUACUGAAUGCAGACGCGCAUGGAGACGAUGUGAUGUUUAGGGAGGACGUGAGGGUAGCGUUGGCCCAGGGCGGACUGUACGAUUGGUUACUGAAGGUCGUGAGUGUGAAUGGGGUGAUAGGCUUCGAAGAGGGAGUGGAGAACGGCGUGCAUGCACAAAAGGAGAAGGACGACAAGAAACAAAUCUCUGCCAUCGAUGUAUUCACGCUCGACUUCAAUGUCAAAUUUCCACUCUCACUCGUCAUCUCGCGCAAUACCAUUUUGCGAUACCAGCUCAUCUUCCGCUUCCUCCUCCACCUAAAAAGUGUCGAACAAGCUUUAUCCGCGAUGUGGAUCGAUCAGAAGGCGACACCGUGGCGGGUUCCGAUGCCACAGCAGCCGGAGUUCGAGAAGUGGCGACUGAGGGUGUUCGUCCUGCGGGCGAGGAUGUUGGCGUGGGUGCAGCAGAUUUUGGCAUUUGUGACGUUCGAGGUGCUUGAGCCGAAUUGGAGGACGCUGGAAGCGAAGUUGGCGAAAGUGACGACGGUGGACCAGCUAUUAAGAGAUCAUGUUGACUUUCUGGACACGUGUACGAAGGAGUGUAUGUUGACGAGUUCGAGGCUCCUCAAGGCAUACUCAAAACUGAUAAUGACGUGUUCCACUUUCUCGUUGUACACGAUGCACCUCACGAAGAGUGCGGUCCAUGUAGUGUCUGCUUCGGAAAGUGGAGAGGUGGGUCAGUCGACAUCGGAAAAGCGGUGGGAGUUCUUCACAAAGUUCGAGACCAACUUCAAUCAUUGGCUUAGGGUCCACAUUGACUGCGUGCAGUACUACGCGGCGAGUGAGAACAUGGCGCUGCUGCCGCUGGUCGUGCGUCUCAAUAGCAUCAAGGUCUCGACCUAA